UAAACUCUCCCGCCUCUGAGUCGGUCCCGGCAACCUUUGCGCCGUGCACAGCCACGCCCGGGCGCGCCUGAGCCCCUUCGGCCGCCGUCAGUCUGGUGUUGCUAUGGAAACCGCGCUCCCACGGCCAUGUCGCUACAACAGGCUCCUCCGUCGCGCGUGUUCGUAGAAUUGGUUCCUUGGGCGGACCGGGGCCGGGAGAAUGUGGUCUCAGGAGAAACACUGCCCGGAGUCCGCCGCCCCCUCUCCUCUACACAGACCCAAACCGCCACCCGCGAGGUGCACGUAAGUGGCACCGCAGAGGUAUCUGCGGGCCCAGACCGGGCGCAAGUGGCGGUACGAGUGAGCAGCACCAAGGAGGCUGCGGCGGAAGCCAAGAAGAGCGUUUGCCGACGCCUGGACUACAUCACGCAGAGCCUUCAGCAGCGGGGUCUGCAGACAGAAAAUGUAACUGUGACAAAGGAUUUUAGAAGAGUAGAAAAUGCUUUUCACAUGGAAGCAGAGGUCUGCAUUACAUUUACUGAAUUUGGAAAAAUGCAAAAUAUCUGUAACUUUCUUGUUGAAAAGCUAGAUAGCUCUGUUGUCAUUAGCCCACCGCAGUUUUAUCAUACUCCAGGUUCUGUUGAGAAUCUUCGGCGGCAAGCCUGUCUUGUUGCUGUUGAGAAUGCAUGGCGUAAAGCUCAAGAAGUCUGUGACCUUGUUGGCCAAACCCUAGGAAAACCUUUACUAAUCAAAGAAGAAGAAACAAAAGAAUGGGAAGGCCAGGUAGAUGACCGCCAGUCAUCUGGACUCUCAAAUUCACUCACAAUACAACAAAAAAUCAAAAAUGCAACAAUGCAUGCUGCUUCGAAAGUUUUUGUAACUUUUGAGGUAAAGGGGAAAGAGAGGAAAAGAAAGUAUCUCUGAAAUUCCAAUCAAAAUAUAUUGUGUUUGUAUUUCUUACCUAUUUUUAUACUUUAUAUAAUGUUUUCUUUUAUCCUGAAUAUGUAACUAUUACAUAAUAGAUAAACUUUGUCCAAAAUAUAGUCCACUCUUGAAUAUAAUCCCACAGAAUAUUUACGUUAACUUUCCAUUUCCAAAAAUGUACUCUAAGAAAUAUUCUUGAGAAUAAAUAUAUUAGGUGCACACUUGUGUACUGGCAAUUCAUACAAGUGCAUGUGUGAGUAAUAGUUCUACAGGGAGAAAUAUUGAAACAUUUAUUUCAUAAUUCUGAGUUUUAAGCUAAUAUUUUACAGCCAUGGUUUAACAAGUUAAAGUCUAAAAAUUGUAAGACAAAAGUGUUCAUAAAUGAAAGGGAAUUUUAUUUUCCAUUAAAUUUUUUAAGUUCA